AUUAAAAGAAGACAGAAUAAAGGAGAAAUGAUGAUUUCUCUAUAACCCAUUGUUCAGAGAUAAUCCUGUUAACAUUUUGAUGUAUAUUCCAUUAGAAUUUUUUUCUCUGCAUGCAGAUACACAUACAUAUAAUUUACUGAAAAACUUAAUUUUUCAAGGUGAAAAGUGGGUUUCUUUUUUUCUUUGUACUGCUAGUGCCUAGUUUAAACUUUAUUUCCUAAUGCCUGGACUGUUAAAAUUUUCUCUUAAAAUAAACCCUAACUUUUAAUGUAUCCUAUUGUUUCCUCCUUUUAGUGCCACCUACCACCAGGUUAAUCUUUCUAAAUGUUUCUUAAACUCUGUUUUUUUCCCCUAAAAUCUUUAGUGUCGCACUCUUCUUAAAAAAUCUUUGGUGUCUCACAUCCCAUUUUUUAUAUCCUUUAAUUACUCAGUUUAAUGUUCAAAAUAUGCUUCAUGCCCCAAUUCCCCAUACCUUAGUUCAUGCCCAUUUUCCUCUGAUUUUCUUCUUUGUUUAUCUUAAGGUCUAGUCGAGUUUAUGUAGCAAGCUCCAUACACGAUGGCAACAAAUAAUGGAGGAAGAGAAUUGUUACUAUGAAUUGGAUUUGUGGAGAAAAAUCUGUUCUAGCAGAGUAUUAACAGAUAACUGCAGGGAUACAAAUAAGUAUUAGAAUGCUUGUCAGUUCUACUCAGUAAAGUGAAACAGAUACAGAUACUUCACUUAUGUAAAAUUAUUUAUUGCAUUUCUUUGACUCCUGGUGAAUUCUGGUUCAUGCCAUUGCCAUCUUUGAUUCACUGAAAUAUUCUUGUUAAUAUUCUAAACUUCCUGAGGUUUCCAGAUCACCAGGCUAUGUUUAUGUCCUGUUGUUCUAAUUUCUUGUUUAGUGUCUUAGUUUGCUGACUACCUUUGUAUUGGCUUGAUUUUUUUUCCCUCUGAGUGCCUCCUAUGUAUAACUUGUUGAUUUUAAUACCAUACUUUGGGGAGGUGGGUAUAGCUUAGUGGUAGAGCACAUGCAUAGCAUGCAUGAGGUUCUGGGUUCAAUCCCCAGUACCUCCAUUAAAAUAAAUAAUAAUAUCAAAAUAAUAAUACUAUAGUUUGAAUUCCUUUUUUUAAGAUUCGUGCUCCCCCAUAUGUAAAUAUAAUUUAGAUAAUUUGCAUAUGGUACAUUUCCUCCUUUUAGUGUACAAUUCACGAGUCAGGCAAUCGUCACCAUCAUCUCAUUUCAGAACAUCUGUAUCACCCCAGAAAGAAACCCCUCAUACUUUAGCAAUCACUCCCAUUCAUUCCUCUCUUUUCCUAGCCCCUGGCAACCACUAAUCUACUUCCAUCUCUAUGGAUUUGCUGAUUCUGGACAUUUCACUUUACUCCUUUAAAAAAAAGUAUAUAGACUGCUUUCAUAAAACUUAAUAAUCUCAUUUUAAGUAGAAAGCUGUCUGUUUACAUCUAGUGGCUUUUUUGCAUGGGUAGCUUUUAAUGAGAGUUUGUUGAAGGAUUGGUUUUCAGAAGUGGAUGUGGAUUAAUGCAUAGGAGAGGAGAAGAUACUUUAAGUAGAGGAGCAAAACAUAAACAAGAGGCGAUGAAGUUGAGUCUGUGGCUCCAGCAGCCUUGUUUCUAGCAGCCAAAGUAGAGGAGCAGCCCAAAAAGUUGGAGCAUGUCAUCAAGGUAGCACAUACUUGUCUCCAUCCACAGGAAUCACUUCCUGAUACUAGGAGUGAGACUUAUCUACAACAAGUUCAAGAUCUGGUGAUAUUAGAAAGCAUAAUUCUGCAGACGUUAGCAAGCAAGGACUUAGCACAGACUUCUUACUUCAUGGCAACCAACAGCCUGCAUUUGACCACAUUUAGCCUGCAGUACACACCUCCUGUGGUGGCCUGUGUCUGCAUUCAUCUGGCUUGCAAGUGGUCCAACUGGGAGAUCCCAGUCUCAACUGAUGGGAAGCACUGGUGGGAGUAUGUUGACGCCACUGUGACCUUGGAACUUUUAGAUGAACUGACCCAUGAAUUUCUGCAGAUUCUGGAGAAAACCCCCAACAGGCUCAAACGAAUUCGGAAUUGGAGGGCAUGCCAAGCUGCCAUGAAAACAAAAGCAGAUGACCGAGGGACAGAUGACAACACUUCAGAGCAGACAAUCCUCAAUAUGAUUUCCCAGAGCUCUUCAGACACAACUAUUGCAGGUUUAAUGAGCAUGUCAGCUUCUUCUACCACAAGUGCAGUGCCUUCCCUUCCAGCCACUGGUGAGUCAACCAGCAACUUAAGCAGCAUGGAGAUGUUGCCUGGUGAGCGCUGGCUGUCCUCCCACCCUCCUUUUAAAGUAGAACCAGCUCAAGGUCAUCGGACUAGUGAGAAUUUAGCACUUACAGGAGUUGAUCAUUCCUUGCAGCAGGACAGUUCCAAUACAUUUAUUUCCCAGAAACAGAACAGUAAGAGUGUGCCAUCAGCUAAAGUAUCACUGAAAGAAUACCGUGCAAAGCAUGCAGAAGAGUUGGCUGCCCAGAAGAGGCAACUGGAGAAUAUGGAGGCCAAUGUGAAGUCACAGUAUGCAUAUGCUGCCCAGAAUCUCCUGUCUCACCAUGAUAGCCAUUCUUCAGUCAUUCUGAAGAUGCCGAUGGAGGGCUCAGAAAACCCUGAGAGGCCUUUUCUGGAGAAGUCUGACAAAACAGCUUUCAAAAUGAGAAUCCCAGUGACAAGUGGAGAGAAACCUGCCUCUUCAAAACCUGAGGAGAUAAAAAUGCGCAUUAAAGUUCAUGCUGCACCCGACAAGCACAAUUCUGUGGAUGACAGCGUCGCAAAGAGCCGGGAGCACAAAGAAAAGCACAAGACUCACCCAUCUAAUCACCAUCAUCAUCAUAAUCACCACUCACACAAGCACUCUCACUCACAGCUUCCCGCUGGUACUGGGAACAAGCGUCCGAGCGAUCCAAAACAUAGUAGCCAGACAAGCACCUUAGCACACAAACCCUAUAGCUUGUCUAGCUCUUUCUCCUCUUCCAGUUCUUCUCGCAAAAGGCCCCUCCCUGAAGAGAUUGGAGGGGCGGUGUUUGAGCAUUCAGCCAAGACUGCCAAGAGUACUAAAUCCUCUUCCAUGAAUUUCUCCUUCCCUCCUCUUCCUGCAAUGGCCCAGUUGCCUGGGCAUAGCUCAGACACAAGUGGCCUUCCCUUUUCACAGCCCAGCUGUAAAACUCGAGUUCCUCAUGUGAAAUUGGAUAAAGGCUCCACUGGAGCCAAUGGUCACAAUGCAACCCAGACCAUAGACUAUCAAGACACUGUGAAUAUGCUUCACUCCCUUCUCAGUGCCCAGGGCGUUCAGCCCACUCAGCCCCCUGCGUUUGAAUUUGUUCAUUCUUACAGUGAAUAUCUGAAUCCACGGGCUGGUGGAAUGUCCUCCAGAUCUGGCAAUACAGACAAACCCCGGCUGCCACCUCUACCAUCAGAACCUCCUCCACCACUUCCACCCCUUCCUAAGUAAAAAAGAGAAAGAAGAGGAGGAAAAAAAAUCUUUAAAAACACAUCUUUUUAAAAAACAAAACAACACACAAAAAAACACAAACUACUGAUUCUGGACUAAGAAAAUUGUUUCCUUUAUGAAAUAUGUCACCCUUCUUGGACUAGGGAAUAAAUUAAUAUUGAGACAUAGGUGGGAGGGUGGUAGAUGGCCUUGGUUAUUAUAUCUCCUGCCUCAGAAAUUUAACUAUUUUAUUAUAGCUUUUACUGGUAUUAGAGAGGUGAGAAUGUGUUAAAGCUGUGAAGGAUUAAGAAUACUUUUUCUGUUCUUGGCCUCUCCACCUCUUAAUUAGAUUGAUUAGAGUUGAUAUCUUCCCUCUUCUUGCCAGGACUGAAAUAUGGAGGGUUUAUCAAACAGUUGUGGAUCCUUGUAGUGUUUAAUAUAUCAGAAGAGAGGAAGUAUUUAAACGUCAAAAUCUUUUUAAGAGACUUUAAAAAAAUAAUUUAAAGAAAGUAAGUUAUCUGUUUAGUUUUUUUAUAUAAUUGGGGAGGGGAUAGGGAUUUUGCUGUGUGUAUGAGAUACAUAGCAAUGAGUCCUGGGGGGUGGGAUUGGAGGGGGUGGUUUGUAUAGGGGGGAUGGGAGGAUAGACUUGGCCAUGAGUUGAGAUAGGCUCCGGCCACUUGAAGUGUUGCAACCUUUAAGUGUGUAUGUAAGUGUGGGUAUGUGUGUUUUUCAGUGUGUGUGUUUAAAAAUCAUGUUGUAUCUUUCCCUCCCUGUCCUUCACCAUUUUCGCUUCCCAACAGUCUACUAGAGAGAGCACGGUGUGGCCUUUAGAACAUAAAGGAAGGAAGAGGCAUGUAUUUGACGUGGUAUUUUCCCUUUUCUUUAUGUGAUAAUUGAGGGUAGCCUUCUAAAUUCUAGUUUAGGCAGAUGCAGCCAGUGGCCUGACUCUGGACUCCAUAGGAGAAGUUCCUUUUUACCCCUUUUUUCCUUUUGGUGUAGAACAAAGGUGGGGUUGAGGAAGAAGGUUGGGGAGCUAGGCUGGCUUCUGCCCUACAGAAUUGGGUGUGUCUUUUUUCACGUUGGGCUUUGGGAAAGUGUUCAAGUGAGAGCAGUCUCAGGGUCUCUGAAGGGAAGGGGGAUGUGCUGUCCUGCCUGUGAAAGCCCAGACAAUGUAUGAGAAUAGUUCUGGGAGAAGCCAUGGCACUAGAGGAUACUGAAAACAAUGGAAUUGUGAUUGGGAAUUUUUAGGACAUUAUGAAUGUACGACUUGCUUUUUAUCUGUAUAUCUGAAGGGAAACAGCUGCAUCCUCAUUUUUUGCAGCCUGUAUGACUUCAGAGAUUGGAGCUUAUGAAUUUAACAGCACUGGUGCUGUGAGCGUGAGUAAGCCUAGCCUGCAGGUGCUGUUUAGAUUGUCCAUCUUUGGUGGCUUUAGCCUCUAGGCAGAAGUUCUUUAGGAGAUUUCUAAGAGUCCUUUAGAAAAAUGGAUCACAGUCCUGUUCUUAUGGGUGCUUGAUUAUCCCAUAUUUUAGGUGUGAACACUUUGCUGAGGAAAGAAAUCUUCCAAGGGGCUAGAAAGAAUUCUAAGCCAAGUUGUCCAGCUGAAAAUGCCACCUAGCCACAGAUCAUUUAAUAUGGUGGUGUUCGGUCUUCAUGGCAUCUUUUGCCAUGGAGAAGAUGACAGUUUGAAUUUGUCUUGUUUUUAAUGCAGCUUCUUUCACACCAAAUACCCUUUACGGAUAAACUGAAAUUUUUCUGUUGAAAAGUCAGGGAGAUGGGAGUUGUACAUGUGCUGCUGCUUGCCAGGCGCAGGCUGGGGAGAAUACUGGGGCAGAUGGAGUUGAUGAUGCACUGGCCUAAUAUAGGAAGGAAUUUGUGCAGUAAACCUUAACUGAAGGUGAAUUAGCGCCCUACAUCUCUGCAUAUCUGAGCUGUCUUAGAGUGCGUGACGUUGCUGUGUAAAAUGAGCUCUCAGCUGAUCUAUACACCAGUCAUACUUUUGACCUGGAAUCUCACUUUACUUUUGUGGAUGACAUUUUCCUCUUUCUCCUUUAUAUUUUGUGUUGUGCUAGGUAAUUGGUAGAUGCAUAGUGUGUUUACUAAAUUUAGGCUUUCUGUUUUGUUUAGAUUUUGUUUGGUAGAGUCAGCUUUCCUUCUGACCUCCCCAAAAUGUUACUUAGUUUUCAUCUUUAUCUUUGUGGAAUUGAUGAUCACUGAUCUGAUUAUGAAAAUGUCUUUUACAGCUUUCAGUUUUCCUCAUCAAAUGUCACAUGUUUUCUAAUCACAUUCACUCCCUCAUCACAGAGAUACAUACCCGCUUGGCCCCAGCAGUUCUCCAUGGCAGUUUGUAGUUAGUUCCUUAGAACUUUGUCAGGAGUGACCUUGAAAAAAGUGCUUACUAGAGCCUAAGAGCUGCUUUUUGCUGCGUAGUCUGGCCUUUACACUAGUAGAUCAUUGCUGUUACAGGUCAUUUUAGAGACUUUUCCAGAUUAGCACCUCCUGAUACUGCUUUAAGAUACCUGCUGUGUCUGCUUGUAGAUCUACGCAUAUGUUGUGAACCUCCUUACUGGCUCUGCAUGAAGCUGCUGCAUUGCCUUUGGGUUAGCAGAUGUGCCUGUCAGCUAGCAUGCGUAUUGUCCAAGUUCCAUACACUUAGGCUUCAAAAGGUUGUGUGGUUUCUAAACUCUGUGUCUUCUCUACCCUCACCACUUCAGAGGGUGAGAAAUGGGAUUUAUACAUCCAAAGUUAGUCUAGUAAACGUGGCUCCCCCCCCCUUCUUUUUACCUAGACUAUCAAGGAUAAGUGGUGGUAAGCAGGCCUGGAGCCUCCAGUUCUGUAAAUCUCAUUCCUAAAACUGCUUGAAUCUCAUGUUGACAAAAACAAAUACCUGUGAGUUGUCCUUAGGGCUUUUAAUCAGAUACCUGUGUUGCUGUUAGCUGAACUCUAGUGAAGCAUUAAUCUAAGGCUAAGUCGGUCUUCUGAAGCAUUGGUCAUGCUUUGGGGGCUUAGAGGAUACGUAGAAAUUAGUCUAGUCUUUUCACUCAUGAAUCAGUGUGUUUCCAUUUCUGAGACCCUCAGCUUCCUCUUUUUUUUUUUUUUUAAUGAUUUUAGUGUUUUGAUUUAAUGUACCCUUUUGCAUAGUCCUAUAUUAUUGGCUUCAACAACAUCAAUAGAAAAAAUUUAAAUCUCCAUUUGGAAACAGCAAUGGAUUAGGAUAUAGAAAUAAAAUCAUGGUGACAUCAGUGCUGGAUUUACUUAAGCCUCUGCUACCUAAUUCCCCAUAUUGAAAAUCCAUACUCCUUAUACCUUGUUUCCGGACAAUUAGAGGGGUCUUAUCCCAGUAUGGUUGGAUUUUAAAUAUGUGUUUCCCACAGAAACACAAACUGUGGGGACUUGGGAACUGAUUGAAUUUUAAAAGGAUUAUUCUUUUGUUGAUUUGUUUUGAUACUAAUGUUAGAAAAGGGAUUCUGGAACAUUUUGAACUUGGAAUUUAAGCAGUCUAUGCAACCCUUCACAUGGUGAGAAAUAAGCCCUCUGCAGUUCCACUAAAGUUCCAGUGAUUUUGAUACCUCCCCAAAUUUCUCACGCUGCUUGUUAAUACCCAGCUUUUAACUGAAUGUUUGCUCCUGAUGGUUUAAAAAAUACUCAUGUUGUAUCAUACUGUCAAGUUUUAUUUUGUUUUUUUGUCCCUCUGUGAAUGUGAGCUCAAAACAAGCGUGGUACUAUAAUCCUGCCUGAUAGCAUGGUCUGGAAUGAGAAUUCUUUCUUAAGUGGGAGACCCUUCCAUUUUAAUGUUUCUAAAGUUUUUAGUACAAAUUUGGCAUUGGAAAUGGGACGGGGGGAAAAGAAUGCUUAGCAAAAAGCAUUGUCUACUCUUCCCCUUUUUGAGUGCGUAUUCACGGUGAAUGAAAAGAAAGGAAGACUUAGGUUUUCUGUUGCCAUGUUAAGCAUGGAGAGGGAUGCUUGACAGCAUGCUAAUCGAAACCAGAGCAAGUAUGUAUCUAUCAGGUUAUCAGGAACUCUUCAGUUGAAAGCUGAGGACUUAACUAGUCAGUGGUUGAUCACAUUGGGAUUGGUUACAAGAUGGAAGUGCUGGCUGGGUUAAGCACCCAAAGAAAAGAAUGCAGCAGCCUAAUUUAGUGUUAACCUAGGUUUCUGGAUUUGAAACUGACCUUCUCCCCACCCUACUUCACACAUCUAAAACUAUGUUUUCUUAUCAGACCAAAGAACAAGGAAGGAAAAAAAAAAAAAGUAAAACACUUUACCAAUCUAUGUCACUCAGGUACAAUUUUGUGGUGGUAUUUUUGUCUGUUUUCUUUGUAUUACUCUUAAGAGUCCUUUCUCAGCAUAUUAUUCUGCUCUUGCCUCUGUCCUCCUCGGGGCACCUCAGUUCUGGAUGCUACCCCUGGGAUCUCUACUGCGGUUAUGUGAAUGAUAAGAUGUAAGUGACCGUUAUAGUAAGGGCUCUUUGUAAAAACUUAAAAAAUUUUUUAAAAAUUUAAAAAAGGAUGUUGUAUACAUUUUAUAGUCUGGCUAUCAGUUUGAUACCUUGCUGUCAAGUGUGUUUCUCAGUCUGUAUUUAUCCAUCCCAUCAAUAAAUGUUACUGAUAAAACA